CGUGCACGCAGAAGCACUUGUCAACAGAGAGGCGUAAACACACACAAAACUCGCUCAUCGUUUCAGUCGUUGCCCUUUGAAGUCCUCAAAUAUCAUGAAGCAUUUACAAUCUAAUUAUGUGCGUUUCUUUUUUUUUUAUUCCUCCACACUCUGUUCUCCCCCCUCCGAUCCCAGCUGUGAAUUGAGAGGGGGAGAAAGAAAAAAAAAAAAAACAGGAAAAAGAGCGAAAGCAUAAAGAUGAGACCGCACGGAGAGAAACAAACAUGGAGAGAGGAAGGCAUGGAGGAAGAGGAUGUGUGUUGACAGUUGAUUUAAGCGUGUGACAUGUGAGUUAACUGGUGGGUUGUAACCUGAGAGGGGGUUCACCUGGCACUCGACAACAAUGGACCCGGGGAAAUCCAGCUGUCCUUCUGUGUAGGAUGCUGGUGAAACAGUCGGCGGUGGAGCCCGGCUCUGUCCCGGCCUCCGGGGAGAGGGUUAGGGCAGCCACCCAGGUGCCCUGAACCAGAAUGAGAGGCUAAACUGGGCCGCAGGAUGCCCCCGGUCCCUUGGAUGCCUCUCCCAGGGAAGAGAGGGAGGGAUCCGGAGGCCAGCCCAGCCCGGCGCGGUCCAAAAACUGAGCCCGAGUCAUCCCAGGGGACCAGGACAAUAGCCAAGAAUGUGCUCAUAUAUGGUCACGACGCCGAACGCAGAUGGAAUCAGACCGACACGGAGGACGCUGGGAAAAAAUAACCGAGCGGGGUUUUUCGGGUCCCAUCUUACCUGCUCUUCGGGAGGUUGUCUCGUCUCCGCUGAAAGACCUCUGUGUGUGUGGAAAUGAAAGAGGAGGAGCCCCACGCAGGUCAAAAACUCUAGCCAGGGGGCCCAGAUGAGCUUGCAGACCUCCAUGUCCCUCGAGUGAUAUAUUCCUGCCGCUGUCAUCACUAAGGCUGCUGAUUCCUCCUCUGCGGCUGCUUUCUGCAGCGAUGUGGCAGGUGGCUCAACGGAGAGAGGUUCUCGAUUAUGAAAAGCUCGACGAGUUUGUGACGCUGGUGACGGCGACAGUUCCAGACCUGCUCAAUCCAAAGCAACGAGGCAAGCUGCUCCUGCGACUGAGAGCAAAAGUUAUUCUUGAGUUGUGCAGAAAUGAGGAAACAGCCAACAUUUCGUGCAUACAGCCUCACCUAGAGCGAAUCCGCCCUGCAGGAUACACAGGAAGUGGAGAUGCAGAGGUGGAUGCAGAGGAGGCCAUUUUUGUGGAGCUCAUCCAAACGCUACUGAAAGACCCAGCAGAGAGGGAGCAUUUCUACCAGGAAGUUUUUCCAACAGAGUACGGCCCCAGCUACGACACCGACAUGCAGCUCAUUGUGUGGGAGUUUCUGUCUAAACUGGAGAAACUCCUGCCGGUACCAGACCUCAGUCAGAGUGUGUCGUGGCUGACCUCUGCCCCCUCUGUACUGAAGGACUGCUUACAAACGCUCUCCAGUCCUGAUGACCUCAGGUCUCUCCUGCAGCACCACAAAUGCCUCGAGCAUCUUGGAACACAAGGUACCACUGUGGAGAUGUCCUCCCAGGUGUUUGCCUGCUCAGAGUGUCCAUUCUUCCACAUGCAGGAGUCUUACCUGCUGCAGCACAUCGAGCACAGCCACCCAGAGCAGUACAGCAAACUCCAGAAGUCUGCAGAGACAGCCGAUAUCACCAAGAAGAAGGCCCGGCGUCCCGACUUCCCAAAGCCGUUCCCCAUCCACGACAGGCCCGACCCUCACGCGUGCCAGGAGUGUGACAAAACUUUCAAACGCGCCUCGGACCUGACUCGCCACCAGCGGACACACACGGGCGAGCGCCCGUACACCUGCGAGGAAUGUAAGAAGGGCUUCAAGAACUCUUGGGAUCUGACCCGACAUCAGCGCAUUCACACCGGAGAGCGACCCUUCCUCUGCUCGCUGUGUGGCAAACGCUUCACACAAAUGGGUUUGCUCAAGCUGCAUUACGAACGUACCGCCUGCGGUCAGACUUGCAACCCUCCCCUUGACUUUACGACGGAGGUCGUGGUAGCGGAGGUGACGUCGGAGAAAGAAGGCGGUCAGUACAAAUGCCAGAAAUGUGGCGAGAGCUUCGGUAGCAUUCUGGAGCGUCUGAAGCACAGGCAGAGACACGUGGUGAGGCAUCAGUACAAGUGCUCCAUGUGUGAGAAGAUAUACGGCCGAGCAUCUGACCUCAAGAGGCACCAGAUGAAACACACCGGCGAGCGGCCGUUCGCCUGCGAGUGUGGGAAAAGCUUCACGCACGUGUGGCUCCUGAAUAAGCACCAGCAGAUCCACACCAGGGAGCGUGCGUACCCAUGCACAGAGUGCGGAAAGAGCUUCACACAGCUCCAGAUCCUCAACAGGCACCUGCUGACUCACAAUGGCCAGCGACCUUUCCAGUGCUCCCACUGCGAGAAGAGCUUCACCCAGCUGGCCAGCCUCACGCGCCACGAGAGAAUCCACACGGGCGAGAGGCCGUACGUCUGCGCCACCUGCGAGAAGACGUUCCUCACGCACGGAGAGCUGGCGAGGCACCAGCGCAGCCACAGCAACUUCAAGCCGUUCGCUUGCCCACAGUGCCCGAAGAGCUUCAAAACCAAGCGAGCUCAGAGCGAACACCUCAACACGCACACGGGAGAGCGACCGUUCGCGUGCAGCCGUUGCGGGAAGAGGUUCGCCAAGUCGACCUCGCUCGUCCGACACAACCUGACCCACACGGGGGAGCGGCCUCACCAGUGCUCCCAGUGCGGGAAGACCUUCCUCACCUCCGGCGAGCUCCUCCUCCACAAGCGGAUCCACACAGGAGAGAGGCCUUAUCCCUGCUCCCACUGCGAGAGGAGGUUCAGGUGCUCGUCCGACCUCAACAUGCACGUCCGAACACACACCGGGGAGAAGCCACACGGCUGUCUGCUCUGUAAGAAGAGUUUCUCGACUUCCACGAGGCUGAAGAGACACCUGCGCACGCACUUGGAGAAGGGGAUAGUCGUGGAAUCAUUUACUCUUUGAGACAUCGGGAGCUAAGAAUGUAUUUAUUAGAAGAUGAUUGUUUCUUCGUCAUUAAAAAUAAAAACUGUCUUUAA